UUCAUUCAUUCCUGGCAAAGUGAAGGUUUUUGUGAGGAGUUAAAAUAUGGUUGUUAAGCACACAAUCCCUUCUUUUCUCUCUUUCGUCGGUCGUCGGAAAAUUCUUGUUCCUCUCAACGGGAGGCUGGAAAUGGAAAAGGGUCGUCGUGGUUGAUGAUUGAUGGCUACCUUCAAUACGCUUCUCUUAUCCCUAUUGAUCAUUGUUAAUUGUAUCAUCACCGUUAUCCCUGUCGUGAAUGCAGAAAACACCGCCUCAGCUCUCCCGGCAAAAUCUUUUCAACCGUUUAGUCCGCAAGAUAACUACCUCUUCGACUGCGGCUCCAACACCUCCACCAUUCUUCCCGGCAACAGAACCUUCCAUCCCGACAACUCCACCGCCGAGUUCUUGGCUUACGACGGGAAAGACAUUCAGAUUUCCGGCCCGGUCCCCGCCGCUAAUGUCACCCCCAUUUACCGCUCCGCCAAAGUCUUCGCCGCGGAUGCCACCUACACUUUUCCGAUCACCGCCCCCGGUUGGCAUUGGAUCCGCCUCCAUUUCUUCCCCCUGAACACCUCCCGGUACGACCUCAAGACCGCCAAAUUCACCGUCGAAGCCGACAACUUUGUCCUCCUCCACCAAUUCGAGCUCCAGAACGACACCACUGUAAUCAUGAAGGAGUUCCUCGUCAACGUGACGACGGAGCGUUUCCCCUUGAGGUUCAAGCCCAAAGGCACCGUCGCAUUCGUUAACGCCAUCGAGUUUGUCUCCGCCCCCAAUCCGCUCAUCAGCGAUUACGCCACCAUGCUUUUCCCCGUUUCCCAGACAUUUGGCCUCUCAACCCACAGCUUUCAGACCGUCUACCGCCUCAACGUCGGCGGCCCUGAAAUUGAAACCGACCAAGACUCCUUACAGAGAUUGUGGGACCCCGACACCAAAUACCUUGACCCUAAGGAAAUGGGUAAGUCUAUCUCGGUUUCUCCGGCGAUCAUCUCCUACCUGGUAGUGGAAGGCUCCCCGCUCAUUGCUCCGCCGGCGGUUUAUGCAUCGGCGCAAGAACUCGCCGACUCCAAUUCGGUGAAACCUGAUUUUAAUAUCACUUGGAAAAUGGACAUUAAUGUUCAUUUCUGGUACCUUAUUCGUCUCCAUUUCUGUGACAUCGUUAGCAAGUCACUGAAUGAACUGUAUUUCAACGUGUAUAUCAACGACAAGAUAGCCAUUUCGGGGCUGGACUUAUCGGAGUUGACGAGAAAGUUGGCGACGGCGUAUUACAAAGAUAUUGUGGUGAAUUCCACCAUGGUUUCCAGUCCGCUGGAGAUCAAAGUUUCCCCGGUAGAUGACGAUGCUCAGGGCACGAGAAAUGCCAUCCUUAACGGGCUGGAGGUGUUUAAGAUGAAUAAUUCCGUGGGGAGCUUGGACGGAGAAUUCGGCGUUGAUGGGACCAGAGUGUCGGAUGGUAAUGACAGCAACCGUCAAACGGUGGCGGCUGUCGGAUUCGCGAUGAUGUUCGGUUCGUUUGUAGGGUUGGGGGCGAUGGCCGUUAAGUGGCGGAAGCGGCCGCAAGACUGGCGGCGGAGGAGCAGUAUCUCGUCGUGGCUGCUCCCCGUCCACGCCGGAGACGCAACUUUCACGAACCCUAACAAAACUCCGUUAGGAUCCCGGCAGAGCUUGUUCUACUCAUCAACGUCGGAAUUCGGCAGGUAUUUCUCUUUCUCGGAAUUGCAGGAGGCUACCAACAACUGGGAGACGACCAGAAUCAUCGGAAUCGGAGGGUUCGGCAGCGUGUAUUUGGGAUUGGUGGACGAGAGAACCAAAAUCGCCGUGAAACGAGGAAACCCGCAAUCCGAACAAGGCUUACACGAAUUCCAGACGGAAAUCCAGUUGUUAUCCAAACUCCGGCACCGGCACCUGGUAUCCCUCAUCGGAUACUGCGACGAAAACAACGAAAUGAUCCUGGUUUACGAAUACAUGUCCAAUGGCCCCUUACGGGACCAUCUUUACGGCAAGAAUUUGCCGUCGCUUUCAUGGAAACAACGCCUGGAAAUCUGCAUCGGAGCCGCCCGGGGACUGCAUUACCUGCAUACCGGCGCGGCGCAGGGGAUAAUCCACCGGGACGUGAAGAGCACAAACAUCUUACUCGACGAAAAGUUGGUCGCAAAAAUGGCAGAUUUUGGGUUGUCCAAAAACGCAUCUUCCGGGCCGGAGAAGAAUCACGUGAGCACCUCCGUGAAAGGCAGCUUCGGCUACCUGGAUCCAGAAUACUUCAGAAAACAACAGCUCACAGAUAAAUCAGACGUAUAUUCCUUCGGGGUUGUUCUUCUAGAAGUAAUAUGCGCGCGGCCCGCCAUUAAUCCACAGCUACCAAGAGACCAGAUGAACUUAGCGGAGUGGGCAAUGCAAUGGAAGAGAAAAGGGUUGCUAGAAAAGAUCAUAGAUCCCACCCUGGCGGGGCAAAUAAACCCAGAAUCAAUGAGGAAAUUUGCAGAAGCUGCAGAGAAAUGCUUAGCAGAAUACGGGGCUGAUAGGCCUACCAUGGGAGAUGUGCUGUGGAAUCUUGAAUAUGCAUUGCAGCUGCAAGAGGCGUCUACAAUGGGGAAAACCGACGACGAAAUCAAGUCGUUUGCAGGGCCAAGUUCCCCGGCUGUGCUUUCGCCCGCCACUGCCUCCUCUAGCAAUCCCUUCAGUCAUGAGUAGUUUGAAAUCAGCAGCAGCCUGUUAGUAUUAGCACCCAAUUCAAGAGUGAAGAAGCAGCAGCAACAUAAUCUCAUCCUUAGUUACAAUGUUAGUUUUAUGUUGCAAUGUCUUUAACGUUAAUUCAUCACUUGUACAUAGUUGUAGGCAGGGUUGAUCAGAUAGAUAGAUGAU